UUAUAUAUCUUUCUUUCUGAUCUUGUUCUCUCUCAAAUCAGAUAAAAACAAAGAAAGACAAAUCUAGGAGGGGGAUCGAAUAAUAAUGGGGAAAGACAAAAUGAACAAUAACAACAAGGCCAAGCUAAGGAAGGGCUUAUGGUCACCAGAGGAAGAUGAGAAGCUCAUCAAGUACAUGUUAACUAAUGGACAAGGCUGUUGGAGUGACAUUGCAAGAAAUGCUGGCUUGUUUAGGUGUGGAAAGAGUUGUCGUCUUCGCUGGAUCAAUUACUUGCGUCCAGACCUCAAGCGCGGCGCGUUUUCCUCUCAGGAGGAACAGCUCAUUGUCCAUUUGCAUUCCAUUCUUGGCAACAGGUGGUCUCAAAUUGCGGCACGUCUACCAGGAAGAACAGACAAUGAAAUAAAGAAUUUCUGGAACUCUGCACUGAAGAAGAGACUGAAACUGAACAAUGUGAUCAUUUCAGCUCCUCCCACAUCUUCAUCAACAAAUCAUGACAGUGAUUCAUCAUCUGAUCAGCCUAGUAGAGAUCAUCAUCACCAUGUCACUACAGGAGGAAUCAUGAUCCCCAUCCCCAUGUCAAUGUACUCAUCAUCACUAUCCACCACAUCAUCAACAUCAAUGUCCAAUAUGCAAUCCAUUGUUACCAGCAAGCAAUUCGACCCUUUCUUGGUGCCGGAUGACAGCUCUGACAUGACCGGUUUAACAGGUUUCUUCAAUGUGCCUACAAGCUUAACAACACAAGUAGGUAUGGGAGAUGGGUUGUUUUAUGGUGGUGAUUAUGGGAUGGUUUUGGAGUCCAAUAAGUUAGGGUUAGAAAGUGACAUUUUUCUUCCUCCACUAGAGAAUAUUAGGAGCAACAAUAUUAUCAAUGAAGAGACCAAUAAUAAUGUUGUUAUUGGCAUGAAAGGCCAUAACAACAACAAUAUAAGUAGUAAUAUUAAUACUUGCUUCAAUAACACAAUUGAUCAUAAUAAUCAAGGGUCGAGAGUAGAAGAUGUGUUUGGAUUUGACCAAAACCAUUGGGGAAGUGGAGAAACCUUAAGAGUGGGAGAAUGGGAUUUGGAGGGUUUGAUGGAAAACAUAGUAGUACCUUCCUUUCCUUUCCUUGAUUUCCAAGUUGAAUAACUUGGCCAUUUCAUGCAAAUCAAUCCGUGUCCUAGGAAAUUUUGGACAUGCAUGCACUUUUCCCAUGUUUUUUGACCAUGAGUAUUUUUAUUUUUCCCAUGAUGAUGUUGUUGUAGAGGGUGGGGAUUGGGGUGGGAGGAGAUUUCUUUUAUGUGAUUUGAGUUUCAUUUGUGGGUAAUUUUGAGGGUUGGUGAAAUAAUUCGUUGUUCAUGUGGAAAGAGUGGUGGUUUAAAGAAUUCUAGAGCUACCUAUACAGAAGAAAGAAAUGAAGAUUAAUUAGUUGGUGAAUAUAUGUGAUAGUUUCAAGUACAAAAGACGUACAAAAGAAAAUAAUGUGGAGGGUGGAAGUUGUUAUUGGUGUAAAGAUGGGAUUAUCCGAUUAUGUAACCAAAUAUUACCAAUAAGAAACGCA